AUGAAAGACUUCACGGUCACUCUCACUGGAGACUUUAACAACAAGAACCACAUUGCGCUAUUCUCUUUCGGUAGACCUUCGGGUCACCUUGAACACAAUCGCCGAAACAACGGCUUGUCUUCGAACAGCUCAGAGUGGGCUGUACGCCCGACCAGCCAUGAUGCGGAGCGCAGCGCCCUUGCAGCAGGCGGCUUGCCUUUUGGUAGCCCAUGCUUCGACGCUCCAGCGGCGUCGGCCUUGAAGAUUCAUACGCCAUCUUCAUAUACUCGCUCAGGCGGGCUUCCAUACAGUAUGGUGGCUCCGAGCGCCUCGGAUAACAGGUUCCAAUCGAACCCAAGCAGUGCUACGGCACCUUUUCGGUACACGGCGCAGAGCCCAGUGACUGGCGUACCGCCAUCGUAUGGUAGCUCUCUGAAUCCGCUCAGGUCUACUGAGCUUCCACCCGCAUCAGUCCCGGCACUAAAAGCACGAUGGCCGGACAUCGACUUUGGACGGCAGUAUGAUACUGCUGAAUAUCCCGGUCACGUCUACCCAGACGCUAAGAGCAGCGAGAGGGAGCGUAAGGCCUGGGGUUGGGCUCGCGAGCAACUCGACCUUAGGGCUGUUGAUAUCGAGCUUCAAGCGCAGCGCCGUCGCCGUGGGGCUGACUUCACCAAUGCCGAGUAUCUCGCCCAAGAGUCUCGUCGCAAAGAGACCCUAAUCGAGCCGCUUUCUAAGCCUCAGGAUGUGACCGUUGGAUUUGCCAACAUGUCCCUCUCAGAAGGCGAUGCUACUCGCCCAACUAGGAGCGAUGUCAAUCGCUAUGAUCAGCCGAAGACAUUCGGAUCCACAGCAACACCUGCGCAACCCGCAGGCAACCCUGGCGACGACUUCACUCAGGUGCGGUCGAAGAAAGACACGCAACAGGCCAAGAAGGCCACAUUUGCGAAUGCGUUGAAAACGCCACAUAAGAGCAAGGACACUGUCCAUGCCUCAGAAGUCGAGGAAGACUUCUCCAGGUGGCAUUCGCUCCUACAGGGCAAGAUGCCACCAAAAGAUUUGAAGUACAACUGCGGUGUCCGCAAGUCUGGUCGCUUGGACUAUGCCAAAUAUAAAGGCACAGCGCGGAUGGAUCUGAACCUAUGCGCCUAUCACUUCAGCGAUAAUUCGCAAGUCAGGUGUCCGUUUGGACCCGCGAAAUGCUUCUGGCGUCACUGGAGCAUCGAGGCCGGGCCAGGUGGAAAGGAGCGCUGGGUCGACAAAGAGUGGUUGAAGCGCAUCAAGGCCAAGAAGGGUUACAAGCAUGAGUACCCUCCCGAUGACUUCUCUUGCCGUACUCAGUACGCGGGUUUACCGCGAUACUACAUGAACGGAGAUGUCAUUCUCCCAGGCGGUCAGGUCGUACCGCAAAAAGACGAGAACUCGCUCAAAGAAGAGCACAAGAUGAUACUGAGGUAUCAGGUUGCGCCCCCGGCGCAAUAG